AUGUCGUGGCUGUUGAAAAAGAUCGUGCACAAUGAGGCGAUGAGAGAAGAUCCAAAGGAGAUCUAUGGAUGGAGGGUCUUUAUGCUUGCUUGUUCUGCCUGUUUUGGCGGAAUGUUGUUUGGCAUGGACUCAGGUAUUAUUGGUGGAGUUCUAACCAUGCCAGGAUUUAAGAAGACCUACGGCCUGGAGGACAUCUCCAAAGUUGCAGCAGCAAAUCUAUCGGCCAAUAUCGUCUCCACCCUUCAAGCAGGAUGCUUCUUUGGAGCUCUUGUCGCCUCCCCGAUAGCCGAGAAAUGGGGUAGGCGAAUGGCCCUAAUCGGCGCAGCAGUGGUAGCUAUACUAGGAAUUGUCAUGCAAACGGCAGCCAGCGGCCACAUCGAAGCUAUGUAUAUUGGACGACUGAUCUGUGGUUUCGGAGUCGGCGCCGCAUCCAUGAUCAACCCCCUCUACGUCGCCGAGAACGCGCCGCGCGCAAUUCGCGGCGGUCUAACGGGCCUAUACCAACUCUUUAUCACAAUGGGCAUCAUGCUCGCAUUCUGGAUCAACUACGGCUCACUGCUCAAUAUCAAGGGUCCUGCGAUGUACAUCGUGCCACUGGCAAUGCAAGAUCGAUGGGAAGAAGCCCGCGCGACACUCUCCACAGUCCGCAAUCUACCUUCUGACCACCCAUACGUGGAAGAAGAAUUCGCAGCCAUUGCCACGCAGCUGGAACAGGAGCGCGCACUUGUCGCUGGGUCUGGAUUCUGGGACUUGAUGAAAGAGAUGUGGCUCAUUCCGGGUAAUCGCAAGCGCGCAAUUAUCUCUAUCGUCUUGAUGAUUUGCCAGCAGAUGACUGGAACUAAUGCGAUCAACUACUAUGCGCCCCAAAUCUUCCAAAACCUCGGCGUAACCGGCAACGCAACCAACCUCUUUGCAACUGGCGUCUACGGAAUCGUAAAGAUGGUCAGCUGUGGCGUGUUCCUGAUCUUCGUAGCGGACUCCCUAGGCCGGCGCCGCUCCCUCCUAUGGACCUCGAUUGCGCAGGGCUUGGCAAUGAUGUACAUCGGACUGUACGUGCGCAUUGCGCCGCCAGUUGAGGGCGCACCCGUCAUCCCCGCCGGAUACGUUGCGCUGGUGUGCAUUUUCCUGUUCGCCGCAUUCUUCCAAUUCGGAUGGGGGCCCGUCUGCUGGAUUUACGUCUCGGAGAUUCCGACUGCCAGGCUCCGCUCACUGAAUGUUUCUUUUGGAGCUGCUACGCAGUGGCUGUUUAACUUUGUUGUUGCCAGGGCUGUGCCGAAUAUGUUGGCUACUGUUGGUGCUAAUGGUUAUGGCACGUAUCUUAUCUUCUCAUCCUUCUGUUUCUCGAUGUGUGUCUUCGUGUGGUUCUUUAUCCCAGAGACGAAGGGUUUGUCUCUCGAGAAGAUGGAUGAGCUCUUUGGCGUCACGCAGCUGCUUGAGCAUAAGAAUGCUGACGCAGAGCGAGGUUCUGUUGGCGAUAGAGGGGACAAGGCGUCUCAGGUGCAUGUUGAGAGGGUGAAUGAGUAG